UGUCCAAUGAGCGCGCAGCACUUCCCUUUUACCGUGCAAACACUGACCUGAUAUUUCCUCUCUGCCCACUGUCCCAGCGCUGCACCAGUGCGAUGCUCAGGCUGCAACAUUAGCGACCAACUUUCCCGGUUUUUCACGACCCUUCCGUCUUUCUUUCUUCACCCUGCUUUUCUUUUCCACUCCUCCGAAGGUUUGCACCUUUCUCUCCCUCCUCGGACAUGCCGAACAUCGUGCUUUUUAGCGGGAGCUCCCACCACGACCUGUCCCAGAAAGUGGCCGAUCGGCUCGGGCUGGAUCUGGGGAAGGUGAUCACGAAGAAAUUCAGCAACCAGGAGACAUGCGUGGAGAUCGGGGAGAGCGUGCGCGGCGAGGACGUCUACAUCGUGCAGAGCGGCUGCGGCGAAAUUAACGACAACCUGAUGGAGCUGCUGAUCAUGAUCAACGCCUGCAAGAUCGCCUCGUCGUCCCGCGUCACCGCCGUCAUUCCCUGCUUCCCGUACGCCCGGCAGGACAAGAAGGACAAGAGUCGAGCACCCAUAUCAGCCAAGCUGGUGGCAAACAUGUUGUCUGUGGCUGGCGCCGACCACAUCAUCACCAUGGACCUCCACGCCUCACAGAUCCAGGGCUUUUUCGACAUCGCCGUAGACAACCUUUAUGCAGAGCCUGCCGUUCUGCAGUGGAUCCGAGAAAAUAUCCCAGAGUGGAAAAACUGUAUCAUCGUGUCUCCAGAUGCCGGUGGAGCGAAACGCGUGACGUCCAUCGCGGACCGGCUCAACGUGGACUUCGCCCUCAUCCACAAGGAGAGGAAGAAGGCCAACGAAGUGGACCGCAUGGUGCUGGUCGGUGACGUCAAGGACCGCGUGGCCAUCCUGGUCGACGACAUGGCCGACACCUGCGGCACCAUCUGCCACGCAGCCGACAAACUGAUCGAUGCCGGCGCUGUAAAGGUCUACGCCAUCCUCACGCACGGCAUCUUCUCCGGCCCUGCGAUCACUCGCAUAAACAGCGCCCCGUUCGAGGCCGUGGUGGUGACCAACACCAUCCCACAGGAGGAGAAGAUGAAGGCGUGCCCGAAAAUACAGGUCAUAGACAUCUCCAUGAUCUUGGCGGAGGCGAUCAGGAGAACCCACAACGGCGAGUCGGUGUCCUACCUCUUCAGCCACGUACCUUUGUAAAGAACGCGAGAGGGCGCAGGAGACCGGAGGCGAAACAUCACUUUUAUUGCAGAAAACCAAGUUUGUAUUUAUAAAUAUCUGUUUAUUUUUCCCAGUUUCACUCUUGCCAACCUUGAACACCCGACGCCUGGCCUUCACUUUAACCAACGGGGUCAAUCAUGUAACAUUCCUGUAUUAUUUGUACCUCAUAUUGAACUCUAAAUGAAGCAUUCCACUUUGUCAUGUGAUUUAGAGAUUUUCUGCUUCACAAAGUAAUAAAAAAAAGUCAUUAAAAAUGUGAUAAACGUGCACCUUUCCUCCCCUAACGUUUGCUCUAACUGCUAAAAUAAUUAAAAUAACAGUGCCUAACCUCAGUAGCUAACGCUAAUAUUGAUUGUAAUGGUAUGGUGCCGUCAUCAGGCCGCAGACGGUGGUUUAAAGUGUUAAACAGGAGUGAAGUCCGAGAACAAACUCACUUAUUCAGGGUUUUUUUUGUAGCGAGCCUCGUGAAUGUGCCGACGCGUCUUUUACCUCCGCACUGUCAUCAUUCCUCCCCGAGAUAAAUAAGCUGCUCUGUCGUAACAUUUAGUGACAACUUUCCCGAACUGUCUGUUGUUGAUUUUUAAGAGUGUCGAAUACGAGGUGUAACGGGCGAUCGACCCCGUGUACGUAAAAGGUCAUGAAACAAAUUGAGCCCAAAGCUUGAUUUUUCAAGUGUUAAGAAUUGAACCGUGAUCACUUUAGAGCCGACGAGGCAGCUUUCACUGUCUGCCUGAAGGUGGAAAAACAUGAUUUAAUUUUCUUUUUUUUAUAUAUAUGAGUAACACUUCAAGUUGUUUCUUUGACAAUAAAGCUUUGACAAUGGCUUACAGA